AUGGCAUCAUCAUCAGCAGCUUCUCCUUCCUCUCCUGCUCUUUCUUCUCAGUCAUGGAAGUACCAUGUUUUUCUUAGCUUCAGAGGAGAAGAUACUCGCAAUACUUUUGUGGGUCAUCUCUACUCAGCUCUUGAACAAGAAGGUAUCUACACAUUCAAAGACAACGAAACACUUCCCCGAGGAGAAUCAAUCCACCCAUCCCUUAUGAAGGCUAUUGAAGAAUCACAAAUAGCCAUCAUUGUAUUUUCAAAAAACUAUUGUGAUUCAUCGUGGUGUCUGGAUGAACUUGCACAUAUUAUGAAAUGCAGGGAUACGAGAAGCCAGAUUGUUAUGCCUAUAUUUUAUGAUGUGGAUCCCUCUGAAAUACGAAAACAAAAACAGCAGUGCGGAGAAGCAUUUGCUGAACACGAGUUUGAGAACAAGACCAAGGUUGAAUCUUGGAGAAAAGCACUUGUGGAUGCAAGUAAUAUUUCUGGAUGGGAACCCAAGCACAUUGCCAACGGGCAUGAAUCAAAAGGCAUCAAACAAAUUGUUGCCGAAAUUUCGCAGAAGUUGCAUCGAGUAACUUCAAGUGAAAAUGAAAACCUGAUCGGAAUGGGGUCUCGCUUGCAAGCUUUGAGAUUGGAGUUACAAGUUGGGUCAGGUGGUGUGCGCAUGGUUGGAAUAUGGGGGGUUGGGGGUGGUGGUAAGACUACUCUUGCUUCUUCCAUAUAUGAUGAAAUCUGUAGGCAGUUUGAUGGUUGUUGCUUUGUUCAAAAUAUUCGAGAGGAAUCAAGCAGGUAUGGUUUGGGAAAGUUGGAAGGAGAGAUUCUUUCAAAAAUGGGAGUAAACAAUGUUGGAGGAGGAAGAUGCAUGAUUAAGGAUAGGUUGUGCCAUAAAAAGGUGUUAAUUGUUCUAGAUGAUGUCGAUCACCUUGACCAACUAAAAACGUUGGCUGGAUCACAUGAUUGGUUCGGUGAAGGAAGUCUAAUAAUAAUAACAACCCGUGAUAAGCAUUUAUUAGCUGCACACCAAGUAAAUGUGAUGCACAAUAUUAGCUUGUUAAACAGUGACGAGGCUAUGAAGCUUUUUUGCAAACAUGCACCCCAAGAUAACAGACCUGUGGAAGAUUAUCAGCAACUUUCAAAAGAAGUGGUGUCUUAUGCUGGUGGGCUUCCAUUAGCACUUACAGUUCUUGGUUCUUUUCUGCGUGACAAAGACAUCAAUGAGUGGAGGAGUGCAUUAGCCAGACUGAAAGAGAUCCCAGAUAGUGAUAUUCUGGAAAAGCUAAAAAUUAGCUUUGAUGGGCUUAAACCGGUUGAGAAAGAAUUGUUCCUUGAUAUUGCGUGUUUCUUUAGGAGGGAGGAUAAAGAUAAGGCAAUGAGAAUCCUUGAGGCUUGUGGUUUUCAUCCUGUUAUAGGAGUGAAGGUUUUGAUACAAAAGGCUCUCAUAACCAUUUCGUAUGGAUUGUUUGAUAUGCAUGACUUGGUGCAAGAAAUGGGACACCACAUUGUUAGAGGGGAACACCCUAACAAUCCUGAAAAACAUAGUAGGUUGUGGAAGAAGGAAGAUAUUUUUAAGAUAUGUGCUAUGGAUGCAACAACGGAGCUUGAUAUGAUUGAAGCAAUAAGAUUUGAAUACAGCAGUAAGGAUCAGUUACAAAGGCAUAAACAUCAUCCUGCGAUUGUUGCAAAUACUAAGAACCUUAGGUGGAUUGAUUGGGAAGGUGAUCUUGCAAAUCCAUUUCUUUGUAACUUUCCACAAAAGACGCUUUGCUAUCUAAGAUUGAAUAACAGCUUGCAAAGACAACUUUGGGAGGGUUAUAAGUUGCUGCCAAAUUUGAAGACAAUUGAACUUCAGAGUUUGCGUAACCUAAUAACGAUACCAGAUUUUGAUGGACUUCCAAAUCUUGAAAAAUUCGUUCUUAGUGGAUGUUUAUAUUUAGAAGAGAUUCAUCCAUCGAUUGGACGCUUGGAAAGGCUUGUUUCCUUAUCCAUAUCAAGUUGUUCCAGUCUUAAAAGGUUCACACCCAUUCCCGGACUACAGAAACUUGAGAUCCUUUCAUUCACAGGGUGCAGCAAACUUUUUAAGUUCUCAGAGAUCCAAGAAGAGAACAUGGAGAAUUUACCACGUCUUGAUUUGGAUAAUAGAAGGAAAGAAGUUGCAUCUUAUAUAGAAUCAUGUACAAACUUUUUUGUUAAUUGUUGGAGGUGUUGUUGCAGCAAUAUUCCUGGUGUAAAAUGUUGUUCACAGGAGCCUUUAGCUCAAAACAACAUGAAGACUUGCUUACGUGACAACAACAUGAACAACAUAGGGUUACAGUUUUUUCUGAGAGACUUACGAGAGUUGGAUCUCAGCUACUGCAGAUUAGGAGAUGAAAGCAUGAGAUCUGCUAUUUGGGAGUUACCCAACUUGCGAAAACUCGAUCUAUCAGGAAAUAAAUUUUCACGGUUGAAUCUUAGUCCCUUGCGACUUCCUCGGCUCAAAUGCUUUGAUGUGUCAUGCUGCAAAAACCUUGUAGAAUUGUCAGAGCUGCCAUCAAGUAUAGCUGUUGUUAUAGCGGAUGGUUGUAAGUCACUUGAAAGCUUUGGAGAUAUUUCAAACUGCAAAUGGUUGUGGAAAGUCUCACUUCGGCGUGGGAACAAAUUUUUUGGUUACAUAUUACUAGAUUCCAUGAUCCAGGGAAAUGCCAGUGAAGAUUACUUUAUCAGUUUCAUUAUUGAACAUCAGAUUCCAAAGGUGUUUAUAGUCAUCAAGCAGGAGGUAGAUGAAGAUUCUCUAUUUGAGCUUUGGCAGGAGCCUAAUGAAGUAAUCAAGCCUGAAUUUGAUAAAAACACAACAUAUAUAGGAUAUGUUUCCUUUGGUUCAUUGAGACACACCGGAUUUUCGAAUUCAUUAUACACUACAAUAUCAGUUUCCUUGGACAGCAGGUAUAGGAAUUCGUCAAAAGGUCAGAGUUAUGUUGGGGCUGAGCUUGUCCCUAGGAAAAGUAAAGGUGAUCAGCUACAAACAACAAAAGUCGCAACAGAUUCCUCAGAAUAUUGGGAUGAGGAAGCUAGUAGUAUAAAGACAUUUAAGAUCAAACGUGGUUCAAAGUCUUCUAUCAAGAUUCUAUGGCGACCUUGGGACAAGUGGUUCUGA